AUGAGCGCGUUUGGGCGCAUCGAAAUUGCUGACGGAUCAUGGCGCCGGAAGCCAGCUGUGAUGGAGGGAGCCACCUCGGAGGUCUCUAAGGCUGAAAAAGAGGCUGAGUCAGGUGCAGAGGCAUGCUCAGAGACCCCACCACAGGAGGCCAGGGCCGAGUCCAGUCCCAGAUUGGGGCUUGAGGCCGAGGCUGAGCCCCUAGGGGCCAAGUCAGUACCUGAGGCCAAGGCCAAGUCCUUGGGGUCCAAGCCCAGGUCCGGAUCGGGGCCUGAGGUUGAGGCCGACCCUUUGGACUUCGUGGUGGCCACAGAACGGGAGUUUGAGGAAGUGCUGGCCAUCUCAGGGGACAUCUAUGGUGGCCUCGAGUACCUUCCCAGCCGCUCCCACAGCUGGCUUCGGGAUCCCGACCGCACAGUGGUGCUGGCCAAGCGCGACGGAGGAGUGAGGGCGCUGGAGUUGGUUCACGUGAUCGACGCCGGGGAGACGGCGCUGGUGGAGCGGCUGCGCGUGACGCCCCGGGAGCGCGGCAAGGGCGUGGCUGGGCUGCGACAGCGCUUCUUUGCUCUCAGGCGACAGCAUCCGGGGGUCAAGCUGGCACGACUCACCCGGAACGACCAUCUGGGGCCCCGGGAGCUGAAGAAAUACCGCCUAAUCACCAAACAGGGCAUCCUUUUGGUCCAAUUCAACGCGUCGGCUCUGCUGGAAGGGCUGGGGCGGCUGGCGGCACUGCGGGCCUCCGGCACCUUCUCGCCGCUACCCACCAAGGCCGUGUCGAAGGCUGGCGGCGACUUGGCGCGCCUCCUGCUGUCUCCCUCCGUGCUGCGCGACGUGCUUCCAGGCGGGACCAUCAUCCAGGACUGGCAGCCCUGCCGGCCGAGCGAGAGUAACCUGUGCCUUCUGACGGCUGAGGGCUUGGAGUGGCGCGUGGACAGCCGCGCGCACCCGCGCGUGCUCACGCUGUGCCCCUUACCCGUUCUGCUUGGCGACAACGGCACGUGGCGCCACCUCAACAUCGACGGCUUUGGCAGCGACGGAGCACAGGUGCAGAGCCAGCAUCUGCAGCGCCAGGCCCCGCGUCUUGACCUCAACGUCAUGUGUCAGCUCUUCCUGGCGCCCCAGUUGUGGUCACAGCUGGCUGACUUCUGCCAGGCUGGCUUGGGGCUCGAGCUGGUCAAGAGUCAUACCGAACAGUACCUGCUGGAGGCCGACAUCUAAAGCCUCUCCAGUCGGAGGGGAGAGAGGAUGCACUUUAGACCCACCUCGUUCCUCGGAUCCUCCCAAAGCCCCGCCCCUACUGCUUUUGAGCUUCGCCCCUCCCCCUGCCCUCGUUCACCGCCUCUGCUGCCUACUCUUACCCGCUGUCCAUCCCACCCUUCCCUUUUCCCCUUAUCUCUCUGCCAUCUUGACACUACCACCCCCAAACGCAGUUUUCCACACCCUGAUCUGAACCACCGGCUUUGGGGGAGCCACUUGCGCUGCUCUGGUCCGCGCCUUCCUUUUCCCCGGCAAAGAAUGGGUUCCUUCACAGCUUCAGAGCCUUUCCCCGUUGGUGCCCCAGCCUGGGAGUGUACUCUAUCUACCCUUUCUGGCUGCUCCCUUCUGCCCCCUCGUGGAUGAAAGCUGGCAGACAUGUGUGCAACGCCCAGCACCGGGCCAGGAGCACAGUUGCCCAAUGCUUAUUACUCUUCUUCCUUCCCAUCUUUCUCAGGCCCUCAGAGCUUGCCUCCUACUCCUCUCCUCACCGCCCUCUCAGCCUCCUGUGCCUGAACCUCUGUUAGUUCUCCAUUGCCCAUUUGUCUGCCCCUCCAUCCCCCUACCUCUUCCCCAUGACCUUCAUCACCCGUCCUGUGUGUAAUAUGGAAAAAGACCUUGUAAUGUCCCACCCCCAUCUGGCCUCUGCUUACACUCUGGUGAUGCACUUGUCUAGGGCUGCUUCCCCUGAUUAGGGUUUCCUCCAACUUUACAUGAUGGUGCUAUUUUGCAGGCUCCCUUCUCUAUGCCCCCAGCCAGGGGCUUGAAGCAGUCCCGUGAAGCAGAGGGUUCUGGGUGGAAAGUGUGGUGUAGCGGAGGGCAGGUCCCUCAACCUGGUGCAAGGCUGUCUCCUGGUUCUACCCGGGCUGCCUUCUAGACGGCUGGAACCCCCACGUCCAGAUAUUUCUGAACACCCCUCCCAUCUUCUUGUUCCUUUACGCUUUUUGUUGACUUUGACAGGCUUCUAUUUAAAUGCAAGUAGUAACAGCUGCAUUUGCACAGCGAUGUCACGUACACGGGAUCCUCACAUCUCCUGCAGAGGGAGGACACCGAGGCUCAGAAAGACUCAAGUGACUUCCAAGUUGCUCGCAAUAGCUGGGAGCCUGGCAGGGAAUAGAAACCAGGUGUCCCCAGCCCAGAACAUACCUCAGAACCUCACUGUAGCUGCAACUUCUUGUUGGACAAUGGACAGCGUGCACAGGGUUCGCUGGGGAUGGAAUCAAAGACGUGGACAGAGGAUGGCACCAGGAGGUGGAAGAAGGUGGACAGAGAGGAGAGCCACUGCCCCCCACUUUCCCCGUUAUGGCCAUGCUUCCCUGCCUUGCUUGGCUGCCCCCUGCGCCUGACUAAUCUGCCGUUCUCCCUGUCACUUCAAGCAUGUCUGUAUUGCAAU